AUGCAGAAACUUCGAACAUUGCCAUACAUAGAACUUAAAUCAUUUAUAUUAAAUCAAGAUCUUCAAGUAAAUAAACAAAAUUGGAAUGAAGGUAAAAUACGCAAUGCAAAUGAUACCGUCUUGUCAUCUAAGUUAUAUGAAGAUAAUUGUAUCAUUAUAGCAAAAAUCGUUCAAGAAAAUAAUGAUGCUACAAAAUCCAUUGCUCAAUUUCAACUUUUGGUGAAAACUCUUACUGGAAAGACAUUUACAUUAGAAGUCGAUUCUAACACAGAUAUUGCUUCUGUGAAAGCAUUGAUACAAGACAAAGAAGGUAUUUCCCCUGAUCAGCAACGUUUAAUAUUUGCUGGAAUGCAACUAGAGGACGACAAAACUUUGUCAGAGUAUAAUAUACAAAGAGAAAGUACGAUUUAUAUGGUACUACGAUUACGUGGUGAAAUGUAUCAUUUUACGAGCGGUCGACAGGAUUUUGAAAGUUUACCAAAUUCAGGAGCCAAAGCAAUAAAAAAUGUUCUUGCUUCCGAAUUUAAACAUAUGAAUCAUUCUGAACGCUUGUCACCAGCUGAACUACAAAAUUCUCUUUUACAAGGACAAGCUGUUCUUUCAAAAUUAUUUCAUGAAAUCAAAGAUUUCUCUGUAACUGAUGACCUUCCACAUUUAAAAAACAUUAUAUUAUUGACUCCUGUUGAUAAUGAAGAUGAGAAUAAUGGUGAAGAAGAUGAUAUCUCAAAUGAGUAA